GAUACUGGUAUGCACUGAGUACCAAUUAAUCUUGUGGCUUGAUUUGCUAGAGAAAAAAAAAAACCAAAAUAAUAUUUGAUGAUCUGCAUUGUGCAAUCUAUAAAUUGGCGGAUUUGAGGCUGUUUGGUGCACAAGGUCAACUUUUCCAACAAAGGAUGUAGCAGUAACAAGAGUAUGUCACGGCCGGGAAGAGAAAACUUCCAGUACACCCUCCGUUCUCGUAAAUCCAGAAUGGUUCCCUACAUCAAACCAGACGGACACACCUUAAGCUCUUCUGUAACCAUGGAGGAAAUUUCACAGGAUGAUCUUAACUCACAGUCAGCAGUCCAGGCUCUGGCUAAGGAUCAUGCUAAUGGCAAAGAAAAACGAGUGUAUAGGACAAAAUAUGGUCUUGUGAAUAGUGUUCCAGGUUCAAUUGAUGGUAAAGUUGACACAGUAGGGGAAAUAACCAAACAAACUGAUAAUAUUGGUGCUCAUAAUUCAGGAUUAACUGAACUUGAAAGUUUGGAGGAAGAAAGAUCUGGUGCUAAUGAUAAAACACAGGAGACAAGUUUUAUAAAUGCGGGUAAUGGGGAUACUCAGCCGCUGUUGCAAAGCAGCGGGUCAGAAGGGGAAGAAGGGGAGACGAUUAUUGGAGUGAAGUUGGAAGACAGCUCUGAGACAUCACUGCAGAUAAUGCUGCAGGUGACACUGCCUUACAUCAUAGCUGGGUUUGGAAUGGUGGCUGCAGGAAUGGUCCUGGAUACAGUGCAGCACUGGCCUGUGUUUGUGGAGGUGUCUGAGAUUUUCGUUCUGGUGCCCGCUCUACUGGGACUGAAGGGCAACCUUGAGAUGACCUUGGCCUCACGUUUGUCAACACAGGCCAAUCUCGGAAACAUGAACAAGGCUUCCGAGAAGUGGAAAAUGAUAGGUGGAAACAUGGCGUUAAUUCAGGCCCAGGCGAUAGUUGUUGGUUUCCUGGCCUCCAUGUUUGCCAUGGUGAUGGGCUGGAUACCGGAGGGAAAGUUUAACGUUCAUCACGCCUUAUUGCUGUGUGCAGCUAGCAUGAGUACUGCAGCAGUGGCUAGUUUUGUACUUGGCUGUAUAAUGGUUGGGGUAGUGUUAUUGUCAAAAAAAUGCAACGUGAACCCUGACAAUGUAGCCACGCCAAUAGCAGCUAGCCUCGGUGAUAUUACAACACUCUCUCUGCUGUCAGGGAUAGGAUGUCUCCUGUAUAAUGCUAUAGGUAGUCAACAGUGGCUAGCGCCCGUGUUAAUAGUCAUAUUUAUUCUCCUCACACCAUUAUGGAUAUACAUCUCCGUACAUAACCAUUACACCAACGAGGUUGUAUAUACUGGAUGGACCCCAGUUCUUUGUGCAAUGGUCAUAAGCAGUAUUGGUGGUGUGAUUCUAGAUUUUACUGUCUCUAAAUACCCGGGCAUAGCUGUAUUUCAACCUGUGAUAAAUGGUGUUGGCGGAAACCUGGUAGCUGUGCAGGCCAGUCGUAUCUCCACUUCGCUACACCAAGUCUGCAGGCCAGGGACAAUUCCAAUAAACUCUGUGCAUGGCUGUCCAAACUGUCCAAAUGCCUUCUUUGGAAAAGAUGUAAAAUCUCGGGCAGCGCGUGUGUUACUGGCUCUAGUCAUUCCAGGCCAUCUCAUUUUCAUGUACACCAUCUCGUUCAUGAAGACAGGCCAUACAAGCAUCACUCUUAUCUUCUCAGUGACCUACCUAACUGCCGCAAUCUUACAGGUUGCAUUAUUGCUGUACAUUGCCAACUGGAUGGUUCAUUUUAUAUGGCGCAAAGGCGAUGACCCAGAUAACGUUGCCAUACCAUACUUGACUGCACUCGGUGAUCUUCUUGGGACUGGUUUUCUAGCCCUGGCAUUCCAGUUUCUAUACAUGAUUGGUGACAAAGAUGAUGACCUUGGUGACUGACCUUGACCCUUUUCUGACCUUUGUUGACCACUAUGUUAUUUUUUAUGAAAUAUAUAUUUUAAUAAGAUAAUGCUGUGUAGGUGAUAUUUGUUAUUUUGUUCAUGACAUGUUGGUAAUAGAUUUUUAAUAUAAAAUCUCAUGUAUGUAUUUUUUAAUGGUCUAUUUUAUUCAUGUUAUAUAUUAUAUAUAGAUAUGAAAUAUUAGUAAUAUUAGUAAUUAGAUAUAAAUACAGAAUAUUAAUCAUAAUUUUAAAGGUAAUUAUGGCCAACUUACAUGAAAAUGUUUAUAUGAUCAUGCUUCUAGUCGGCCAUGCUGACUAUGCUUACAUAUUAAGAUAAGCUUUAUAUGGAGUCGGUAAAUCAUGUAACAUACAACCUCAAGCUAAAAAGACAUUUAACAUAAGCAAAAGCUCUGUAAAGCUUUAAAAUUAACUAGAAAGGCAUGUUCAAUGUGUUCUUUUUUAGUUUAGUGACUUUAAGACUGGUUUUGCUAUUAAACUAUCCUGAAAGACUAUUGAUCCACAGCCAGUUGUUAAUUUUUUUUUUCUUUGUUUCUAAAUGCAUAUUAACUGAUCAAUCAGUUUGAUAUGAAACAAGCCAAAAUAUUAUCAAAGUUUUAUACAAUCAGCUGCAAUGUGCAGUUUCCUUCAAAACUUUUCUUUUAAAAUCAAGACGUCGGGGGCUAUAUUCAAUAAACAUCUUACAUUGUACCUAAAGUAAAAUUCGGCCGUUUUGAUCACAGGCGUCUGAAUCAUUGUUUGUCACUAAAAUGUUGAUUAAAUCAUUUUGGGUACAUUUAGGAAACUUUCUUGUGUAUCAAAGGCACUAAAUAUCUUCAGACAUGUUGUUUAUCUCAGUAUGUAUAUUCAAAAUGAUUUUAAUCAACAUCUUAGAGACAAACAAUGAUUCAGAUGCCUGUGGUUCUUAUUGGACUAUAAGAUUAUUUCGCUGACAAAAAUACUCAGACUUUGCUCAUUAGAUUGAGAUCUAUCUAAAUUGUUUACUGAACAUGACCCCCAGUUUGACAAAAAGCUCAAAACAGCGAGCAUAUAUCAAAACAUAUGUGACAAUCUUACUAUUAAAGCUGCACUCUUACAUAUUGACAGUUUGUCAUUUUUUUUUUAGUUUUCGUCUCAAAAUCAGCUGAUUUUGGUAUCAAUAUCUUCAAUUCAGUGAUAUAAGACAACCCACAAUAAAACAGAUCUCAAGUGUUUUGGGAAACAGUCGAAAAUUUCAUUUUUUAAUGCGUUUGUAACGCUUUUUUAAAAAAGCCAUAAAAUAUCAUUUUUUUAAAUUAAAUAUGAAAACUGUGAUCUGAUCUUUUGUCAGCAGUCUUAUAUCACUGAUUUUCUGACAUUACGCCAAAAAUUGGCGCAUUCAAAGACAAUAAAAAAGUUGUCAUAAUGGUCAAUCUGUUAGAGUGCAGUUUUGUUUUGAUUUUAACUUGUUCUAUUAGAGUUAUUUUACAUAUUUUGAUGAAAAUCACGACAACACAUUCAGAUAAUCAUUGAACAGAUUUUUUUAAAUCAAAACCUAAUAUCAUUCAAAUUUGAAUAGUGGAAGUUAUGCUUUUUGGAAAAAUAAAUCAUAUGUUUUAAACAAACUAUAUAUUUUUUUUUCAGCUUGUUAUUAACAUUAGAGCUCUUCUCAAACUUUCCAUGAUCUUUUAUUAUUGUUGCAAGCAUUUUUGUUCACAUUUCGCAUGAACUUUUAAAUCUUAAGGUCUGAUUCUUUAAAAACUGAACAAGAUCUUUAGAAAUGCAAAAUGAAAUUUUUGAUUCACAUUGUUGAUUUUUUUGUGCAAGUUACUUUAGAAGGGACUGUAUGGCCAUAUUGCUUAAUCAUGAUUUAUAAUAUAUAUAUAUAUUUUUUAAGCUGUUUUGAUUUCAUUUCUCAUCCCAUUUCAAUGUUGUGUGUAUCUGUUAUGGGUAAUGUUUGGCAAGCGUCAUGUUAAAAGGACUCUCUCAUGUUUUUUAAUCAUUUUUUUGAUAAUGCUUCACAAAAUUAUAAUUAUUUUUUUCUUUGAUACCAAAAUUGCAAAAUAAAUCACAAUUGAUGUAUAAUAAAUAAAUCUGAUUUUGAAAGGGAAGUGAACCCAAUUAGUACAGUCAAUAUUGUUUUUUUGGAAAACUGACAAUGAAACCACUCGCCCACUAGGACUCUUACAUAAGCUGAGUUAUAAUUUAAUUUUAACCCUUUUGUUUAAAAGUGUUUAUAACACUAUUCAAAAUUGUUGACUUCAAAGACAAUAAUGUGAGCAUAUAUUAACAUUUGUUAAAGGGUUCCAGCUGUCUUCAUCUUAGUUUUAACACUCCUAAUGAUUUACCACACUUUAUUUCAUCGUAAAAAUGUUCAUUUUACAAAACAUGAGCAAGUCCCUUUAAGAACGUGACUAUUUAUACUCAUUAUUGAAUGACUGACAGAUAUAGAGCAUAAAUUAAAAGAUAAAAAUUGUUACAUCCAUAUAGGAUUAUAAUUCUAUGAUUAAUAAGCAUUCUGUUAGUUAUAAUUUGUAUAUAAUUUAUAUAAUUAGCUGUCACUUUCUAGUCUAAGGUAGAUAUAAUUAUUAAAUACUCAAUUGCAGUGUAGUGAUUUUUGUUUUUGAAUUACCGUAGAUGUUUAUAUUAUGUUCAGCCCAGUGUUGACUGGUAGUGAAAAAACUUUGGGGAUGGAGUUUUUUUAUGAGAGAAUAUUAAAGCUGCACUCUUACUGAUACCAUUUUGACAACUUUAUUUUUUGUCUUGGAAAGAACAAACUUUUGCGUAAAAAUCUGCAAACCACUAAUUGAAGAUUGCUGACAAAAGAUCAGAUCGCAGAUUUUAUAUUUCUGUUCGAAAAUUAAUGUUUAUGGCUUAAACCGUUACUAAUGGUUUUAGAAAGAUGCAUAAAACAUCAGUGUUUGAACUUAAAUGUAAAAAUCUGCAAUCUAAUUUUUUGUCAGCAAUCUUAUAUAACUGGUUUCCAUGCAUUUUCGCAAAAAUUGGCUCGUUCCAAGACCAAAAAUAACAAAGUUGUCAUAACGUUCAAUCUGUAAGAGUGCAGCUUUAAAUGUGUUCACAACUGUUCUACAAAAUAUUUUAUCAUAUACUUCAUGUGCUGGCGAAUUUGAUUGGCUGAGAGCCAGGGGCCAUAUUUCUAAAGCAUGAUAGCCAAAACUUUGGACUUGGUGAAGAAAAUUGUUUUUGAAGUUGAAUUUAAAAAAAUAAAAAGCAAUAGUUUAAACACAAAAUAAAAAAAUAUACAAGAAAAUUGUCCAAAAAAAUAAAGGCAUAUGAAUAAAUUUAUUGAAAAAUGGAAGGUACUUAAAAUAUUUGUUGUUAAGAAAAAACAAUUGUUAAAUUGUCACUAAGAAGCUUCAUUAAUACUUCCUCAGGGGUAUAUAAAGCACAUAGACUCCUCAGAAAUUGUGUUUUUACCUGUGAACAUUUUAUGUUAUUAUUAAUGCUAUCUUUCAAGGGAACUUUUGUCAAACUUUCCCUUAAAAAGUAUACAAUAUAAUAAUCAUAGAUUGGUUUUGAGGUAUUAUGUAUAUAGUAACGCUGACCUUCAAUUUUAAGUUUGAUGGACCUUGAACCUUGUUCUUGAUAAAAAUCACCUUCUGUGGUUAGUAUUACUAUAUAUGCACAUUGACACAAGUCUUAAUCUGUAUUUGAUACAUCUUUGGAUAUUCAGCUUCAUUGCUAUAAUGCAAAGCACAGAUUUGGUAAAUAUUUUGUGAAAUAUUUUGUGAAAUUUUGUGUACUUGUAAUAUUUUGUGAAAUAUUUUGUGAAAUAAUAUAACUAUUACUAAGUUUCAACACAUGUGUUCACAUAGAUUCCCUAUUUUUCACAGUGCUUUAUUAGAAACUUGAACGUGUAAUGUUAACUUAUCUUUGGAGGAUAUUUUCUGAUUGGGAAACCUUUGAAACAAAAUGAAAAUUGCAUUUCACAAACAAAAAUGUAAUUAUCAUGAUUGCGAAAGUUAUAUUUUAACCAACUUGAUAAAACUUCUAAUAACUUAGUUGUUUAGUUUUAUAAAGAUUAUUUUUUGUAGCUAACACUGUUAUUUAAUUUCUGUGAUUGUUUUGCAAAUUUUAAAGGCUUAACGAAGAAAGGCAGACGUAAAUCGUUCUAUUUUUAUAUUGAGCUACAACUGUUUUACGCCUCAAGCCGUUUCACUAAGAUUUUAGUCGUAAUUUGAAAUUAUCAUAGUUUCAUUAUUUUGAUACAUAUUUGAAUGAAUUGAAAUUUUCGCCUGCAUAGGAAAUUAACACCAAGUUGAAGAAAUGAAAAAAAAAUAUUGCAAUUAGUGACUUUUCACAGACUUUGCAAAAAAAAAUAAUUACAACUUAAAUCCUGUAUUGAAACAGCCCCAUAGUGUGCCUACUCAAGGUUUUAAAAUGGCUGUUAAAGCAAUGUUUCAAGUAUUAUUUGUUUUAUACAUAAUCCUCCUUAAUUUUGACGGUGUCGGAUUUCCAUAACAGGUGAUCAGGGUUCUUAAUAUGUACAUAUUCCUUUUUAGCUCUACUGGCCAAAAGCAACAGAAAGUUGUGUAUUAUUGUAGUAGUUCUUUCCAUUUGCCCUUUGUUAAACAUAUGGUGCACUUAUUGCGUCUCUUUGAAUGUGAGCUCAGUUUAUUACCAAAACGUCAUGCCAAUACAGCAUAGGCCCUCAUGGGCCUCUUGUUUGAAUUUUAAAUGUGAUGCGAAAAUGGGUGCUAGCGAGAAACAUAGUGGCCUUUAAAAUUCUGUGAAGAAUUAUGUCUCACAUGCAGUUAAAACUCACAUUUGUUCAUUAAAUUUAGAAAAUACAAAUGUAUCACUUAUUCAAUAACUCGUCUGUUUCAAUGAAGUCGGGAAAUUUCCAUAACCUUUGAGUGGUUCUCAUUACACAGCGUCGUUGUGUAAAAAAAAAUUGAGCCUUGGCAAUUACUCAAACACAGUUAAAGAUAAUCAACUGUAACUUAAUACACAUGUUGCUAGAGACAAUACGCUCAUAUACAGCAAGGCCCAUUACUGUGGCUAGAAAUAUUUUGUAAAGUUAUCCCCCUUGUUUGACAAUGAAAUGAAUCAAACAGAUGGGCGUUUGCGUUCGAUCUGUUGCACUCUCAUUAGUACCCCUAAGUGAUCGUUUAUUUCAAUCCGAUAACACCUCACAUCAUUGUUGAAAAUCCCUGAUACAGUAAUUCGCUAUGCAUUGUAUUACAGAAUUAAGUACCGUGGUUGUCAAUGAUGAGUUUACAUGAAAUAAUCACAUCUUUUUUCAUCACACGACUGUCUCCAUAUCUCCCUUGUUUUAAGAUGACGUCACAAUUGAUAAUGAUAUGUCACAUUGAUUCAUUUUUAAACUUGUGUUCAUUUUCAAUUACUUUCGUAUUUCAAUUACUUGCUUUUAGAUGUUUCUUUAUUGAUUUAAAUCUUGUUCAUGAAAUUGCCUUAUUGUGAACUAAAAAUGUGAUUUAUAGCUCAUAUAUAUUAAUCUGUUUUGGUGUAUUGGAAGAAAACAAUUAGAUCAUUAUUUUUGUGUAAUAUGGAACAAUUACUAUUUUACUUGUAGAGUUACGCCCCUGUUCAAAUGUUAGCUCUGUGACGCUCGUAUACUUUGUGAUCUUUCCAACGAGGCGUUUCGGGGGCGUUGGUUUCUUUUCGGUGAAUAGCGUGUUUGAUAUAUAGAGGGCAUACCCAGAGAUUAACGUUACUCAUAAUAUUUAUUUUGGAAUUUCGUCUGUCUUAAACUAUUCUUUUCUUGGUUGGUAUUCAAUAUCGGUCUUAAUUGGACCUAAGAACGAUGUAGCUAAUCGGAUUAUUUUUUAUUAAUGACUGACCAAUUGUGUAUGACAGUGAGAUUAACACAAGUUUUAUAUUGAAUACCACGCCAAAUUUUAUAUGAAACUACAGAAAGUAGAUUAAGUAUAUAAUGUGCUGUCUUAAAUACCCUUACAAUACCUUAAGAUAUAUAUAUAGUUCUUUGCUCAGUUAUUUCUUUUGUGCCAUAACAGUCUUUGUAUUUAAACUGCUUUCUCCCAUAUUAACAGUUUUGAUUUUUCUUUCAGUUUUUUUUUGUCUAAAAACUGCUGAUUUGGGCAUUAGUGUCUUCAAUUCGGUCAAAUAAGAUUAUUCACAAUAAAACAUUUCUCAUUUGUUCGGAAAACAGCCGAAACACUCCUUUUUCUUAAAGCUAUAAUAUAAGCAUCAUAGGUAUUAUUAAAAGCCAAACACUUUAUUUUCAACUUUUAAAAGAUGAUCAAACUAAUUAUAAAAAGACAAUAAAAAGGUCUUAGGUCGGGGCCAAAAAUUAGGGUCAGUCGGGGAACCUUUAACAAACAUAUUUUUAUGCUUAAUGAGUUUUAGAUUGUUAGAGACCAAAACUCUGAUCAUGUAUUCAAUUCCACAAUGUUAUUUUCUCAAUAUUUUAGCUCAACUGAGCACACUAAAUUCGAGUUGUGUUUUAUCUUAUUGUGCGGGUUUUAAGUGGCAUUGAUUAAAAUAAGAGGCAUUGUCGUUGUUUGAAGGUGCUCUCAUUAAAGCUGCACUGUUACAGAUUGAACGUUUUGACAACUUUUUUUAAAAAAAAAUUUUGUCUUGGAACGAGCCAAGUUUUGCGAAAAUUCAUGGAAACCAGUUGUAUAAGACUGCUGACAAAAAAGCAGAUCGCAGAUUUUUAUAUUUAAGUUCAAAAAAUGAUUUUUUUAUGCAUUUUUUUCUGAAACAGUUAGUAACGGUUUAAGCCAUAAAAUAUUAAUUUUCGAACGGAAAUAUGAAAAUCUGCGACCAGAUCUUUUGUGAGCAGUCUUAUAUUAUUGGUUUUCAAAUAUUUACCUAAAAUAUUUGCUCUUUUUAAGACAAAAAAAGUUGUAAAAAUGGUAAAUCUGUGAGAGUGCAGCUUUAAGGGUCAUCUUAUUAUUUUGAAAGUAUUCAUAAUUGAUCAGCUUUCUAUUUUAGGCUACAACUACUGUGAGUUGUUUGCAAAUGAAAGCAGUUUUCGUGUUAAAACCUAAAGUAAUAUAUGAUAUCUUGUUUGUUUUUAUUUUACCACGGAGAAAGGCGUAGCCAACCUGUUUGUAAUCUAUAUUAUGUGAAAUACUGCAAUAAAUUAUUGACCCAUU